CUCAUCAUCCAACAGGACGUCUCUAACUGAGAACCUCCCCGAGCACUCGCGUGAAUACCAGAGAGUUUCUUGAUGGCGACACGACUGGUCACGUGACGACGGAAUCCGAGCCAGUUUGUCCAACCAGUCUCCCUCGUCGGAGAGGAAUCCAGACAGCUAUGGACGAGAUGUACGAUCCGCUCAAGUGCAACGAGGAGCCGCCGUCCUCGCCCGGCUGCCGCAUGGACUACGACGACAUGCCGGAGCUGCAGGCGGUGGACGAGGACGGCGGGUCGCCGGGCUUGUUCCGGGUGGGCGCCGGCGUGUCGCACCAGGAGACGCCGCCCCCCACCAACUGGCUGGCCGAGCUGGCCAACAUCGCCACCGGUCCGCAGAGCCCGCUGCUCAAAGGCGCUCCCUAUAGGAGAUCCUCUCCGGUCCACAUCUUUGGCAGCAGCAACAGUUUACAUUCCUACGCCCGUCCUCCUCUGGCCAGCAGCGCGCCCAACCCCUCCAGAGGUCACCUGCGGGAGCGCCGGCGUGCGCGGGCCAGCAGCGAGUCGGAGUCGGGCGUUUUCUCCGUGUCGUCGUCUUUCUCCGAUGACGAGGACAUGGCCUGGUCUCAUUCGUGGCCCUCCACCGCCUGGCACUGCUUCCUCAAAGGAACGCGCCUUCGUUUCCAUCGCGGUCCUAACGUGGAGUGGCAGGAGGCCGAGGAGCUCGGCGAUUCUGACGAAGAUUCCGACGAGGAGAGCGUGAUGCCGUCUUCCUCCUCCUCCUCCUCACUCAAGAGAUUUGGCUCGGACGGCUUGAAGCUGGUCGGCCACGAAGAGACCUUGUCUUACGGCCAGGCGGUUCUAAAACUCACCUUUGACCCCGGCUCCCCCGACGACGGCCUUUUAAGCGCCGAAUGCCGACUGGACCAUCCCUUUUUUGUCAGGAGUAAAGGGUGGGCCUCCUUUUACCCGAGCCUUACCGUGGUGCAUCAUGGGAUCCCUUGCUACGAGAUGCAGCUGGGCGACACGUGCCUGCCGCCCAACCACCCCGACGCCAUCAACUGUGACGAUUCGGUGGUCUUUGACACAUUUAGAAGCUACGACUUCACCCCGCUGGACUCGUCGGCCGUCUACGUCCUGAGCAGCAUGGCCCGGCAGCGGCGGACCUCGCUGCCCGGCGGCGGCGGUGGCGCCGCCAGCCCCGAGCGCGACGCGGCCGAACGCUCGGCCGAACGCUCGGCCUCCCCGCGGCCGGCGGGCCCGGGCAGGUCGGCCCGGGGCCAAGGGGCCGCCACGCCCACCAAAUGCAAGCGGCCCAUGAACGCCUUCAUGCUCUUCGCCAAAAAGUACCGGGUGGAGUACACGCAGAUGUAUCCGGGCAAAGACAACAGAGCCAUCAGCGUCAUCCUGGGCGACAGGUGGAAGAAGAUGAGGAGCGAGGAGCGCCGCUCGUACACCGUGGAGGCCAAGGCCUUGGCCGAGGAGCAGAAGCGCCUCAACCCCGACUGCUGGAAGCGCAAAAGGAGCAACUCGGGAUCCCAGCAGACCUAAGGCCGCCAAUCCAUCCACGGAGACAGGGCAGGCGCUCCCGGACCCACCGGCCCGAACCGCCGCCCUCCCGUCUUGGCGAGGACGCUCAUCUCUGCCUGCCCGCCUGCCUUUGUGCGAGCGGAAGGAGGAGGGACGGCGGAAUGCGUGCGUCUCUUUUCUUACUCUCCCACUAAUGCAGAUGGACCUCGUGUUCCUCUUCCGCUUGGAACGAACCCACUUCAAACGGAAAGGAGGCGGCAGCGCCGAGCCAUACGCGCGCGCGCUUCUGCGGAAUGAAAGACAACACGUCUGUUUGGAGCGGGGGCAUCACGACGACCUUUCUCGCUCGGAGCGUUGCGCUAUCCCCUCAGUUUAUUGCCGAGAAAUGCAAAGCCUUUGUAGAAAUCUGUCCGGAGCCGACGGUUUCCACUCAAGUCACUGAGCACCGCUUGGGUCCCGUGGCACUUUAUAUCCCGCCAGACGCCAACGUGUAACCUUGAACCUUUGUGGCCGACGGCCGCCUUCUCGCUUUCGGGUCGCAAUAAUGUCCAUCAUGUACAGGUUUCGCAGCCCGCAAAUUGCACACCGUAUCUUUGUAUCAUAUGAUAAAUGCGUUUUUGUCAAACUUG